ACACACACACACACACUGCUAACUCUCCACAGGAAACUCUGAACCAUAAUGCGAAGGCACCUCAGAGCAGACGGGUGUGCGCUGCUCAAACCAAGUGGGAUACGCUGCGGCUUUGAUAGUGCGUUAAUUACUCAUGUGAUGUGAUACAGAUAUCUGGGGGCUUCAGCCGAAAGUUUGCCUGACGGUUUUCAAGGGGGCCAGGCAGACAUUUUAGAAGCGAGACCCGUCGGUACCGUCUCUGAAUCAGCGAAAUCAAAGCGCUCAACGUGUUCCAUAAUGGGCAACCCAGCUGUGCAUGUGUUGGUGCUAAUGGCCUGCAUGGCAGCCAGAGGAAUGUGCCAGAUAAACAGAGCCGAAGCAGGCGAGGAUUCCCUCCCAGGCUCUCUCGUCCACUCCACCCUGCAGCCCACGGCUUUCUACAGCACCGCCGGUGCCGGCCCGGGGGCCCCGGAGGCGGAGCCGCGGGCUGCCGGGGGGUGGCGAAACGACAGCGUCGUGAGGAGGCCGAUGCGACCCCCGUCGUGCCUUGUGCCCACCUCGAUCAACGGCUAUUUCAAGUACAUCAACACCAUGAUUUCCGUCGUGGUGUUCGUGGUGGGCCUGGUCGGCAACGCCACCCUGCUGAGGAUUAUAUACCACAACAAGUGCAUGAGGAACGGGCCAAACGCCCUCAUCGCCAGCCUGGCCUUGGGGGACCUCCUCUACAUAAUCACGGGGAUACCCAUCAAUGUGUACAAGCUCCUGGCGUCACGCUGGCCUUUCGACGCCAGCAUGUUCGGCCUGUUUCUGUGCAAGAUGGUGCCCUUCCUGCAGAAAGCGUCCGUGGGCAUCACGGUUCUCAACCUGUGUGCCCUCAGCGUGGACAGGUACAGGGCCGUGGCGUCCUGGAGCCGAGUGCAGGGGGUGGGCAUCCCUCUGUUCACGCUCAUGGAGAUCGUGUCCAUCUGGUUGCUGUCCCUCUUCCUGGCCGUGCCGGAGGCCAUCGGUUUCGACAUCAUCACCUUCAACCACAGGAACGAAACCAUGCGCACCUGCAUGCUUAACCCCCACGGCGGCUUCAUGCUGUUCUACAAGGACGCCAAAGACUGGUGGUUGUUCGGCUUCUACUUUUGUGUCCCGCUCACCUGCACCGCUGUGUUCUACACCCUGAUGACCUGCGAGAUGCUCAACCGCAGGAACGGCAGCCUACGGAUCGCCCUCAGUGAGCACCUCAAACAGAGGAGGGAGGUGGCCAGGGCCGUUUUCUGUCUCGUCCUCAUCUUUGCCCUCUGCUGGUUCCCGAUGCACCUCAGCAGGAUCCUUAAGGCGAUGGUGUACAAUCAGAAUGAUAACAAGCGCUGUGACCUGUUCAAUUUCCUGUUGGUCCUGGAUUACCUGAGUAUCAACCUUGUAACAAUCAACUCCUGCAUAAACCCCAUUAUCCUCUACUUCGUCAGCAAAAAGUUUAAGAACUGCUUCAAGUCGUGUUUGUGCUGCUGGUGUUAUUCCGACAACCAGCUGAGCAGCAUCGGACCCAUGAACGGUACAAGCAUCCAGUGUAAAAGCCCCGAGCCUAACAACGUCCACGCUGAUCGCAGCAUCAGGAAAGACAGCGACUGAUCGCCCCCAACUCAUCUCAUCUCUUUUUUCAAGCACUUCCAUAUAUCCAGCAGCUUUUUUUUAAUUCUUUUUUUUUUUUUACAUACAACAAAUGCACACCCUAGAAAGAGUAUAGGUCACAAAGUAGCCCAACCUUCGGACCACUAAAGCAACAAAUGAGCCUGGCAGGGAUGCAGUAGGAGCUGGAGAUAAAAGGAAACUAAUGACGGAUUCGAUUUGGCGCACAAUGCUCUGAAGCCUCUCUGGUGGGGGGGGGGGGGGGGGGAGGAAAACUUCCUAUGACAAACCCCCUGUAUUCCCACACCCACGGACAGUGACGCCGUAGCGUGAGAGAAGGAGGGGGAGAAGCAGAGCGAGGACUCUUUGCAGGAUGCAGCUGAACGGUGACUAAAAACGACUCUCCAUCAAAAGGCGAAGCGCUCUGUUCCUGUAAAGGGCAGCACCACCGGGAAGGAUGCACAAAGCUGCAGGAAGGGAAAAAGGCCACUGCGCGCUGUCACGGGGAAUGACGGGAACACGAGGUUGCGCUGUCCCCACGAGCUCGCUACUCAUUGACGGGUGGGGGGGGGGGAACAGGAAGGCAUGUUACACGACUAGAACAGAAAUGAACCUUCCAUCGAACAUGCAAGCAGUUGCGAAGCCUCUCAUCUCACUCACUCACACUCAUUAUUCAUGGAGCUACUUUGUGGUAUAAUUAGAAGAGAGUUUUGAAGUUCAUUCGCUUUGCCGCUACGUGAGAAAGAAAAAAAACGUCUCUGACAAAUCAGGAAAAAAGGGAAACUUAAUCUUUGGAGAAAGAUGCAUCCUUUUUAAAAAACAGACAUACACUAUUUCUGUUUAGAGAAACAUUGAUUCACAGACAUUUUAACUGUGAGUUAAUCCAAAAAUAAAACAUUUCCGCACCGAAUAAUUUCUGGUGUCAGAAUUAGCCAAAAUUACCGUCAAGCCGAGUAGAGGGUUGCAGGUUUUUGAAGCGGACAAGGUGCCACUCUGUACUUUGAAGGAACAUGCCAAGAAAUUGAUGAAUACGAGGCAAUGCGUUGUGACAGGUUUGAUAUCAGUGUGGAUCAAAUGGACAGGAAUCAGACAGGAAUGGGUGGGAAUUUGCUUUUCUCCACACACUGUGAAAUUUUAACAAAUAUACUCAACAAUACUUGUGACUUUUAUGCCUGUAUAACCAACGGAAUAUAUAUGUGUGUAUAUAUAUAUAUGUAUAUGUAUAGUGUCCACUUUUAUAAAGUGUUAUGUUGAAGUAAUAAAAAGUAUUUUACGCAGACAACAUUACCUGUGUAAUAACAUAGGACAAUUAUUAAAGGCUGUAGAGUUUUUAAGGGUGGUGGAAGACGUUCCAAAUAUUAAAGGCCACACAGCCACAGGAUUUGCUUUGUUUAGCGUGUCUACGGGAGAAAAGGGAAACUGUACUGUUAUUAGAAUUUGUGUUUUUUUUACAUCUUCUUCUGGUUCCAAAGUUAGCUUCCCACGUGGAAGACAAGUCACAGCAGAAGCUUUGCUCGGAGCGCCGGUUGGCGUCGUCAUGACGACAUACCGCACCGAGAGCUGGCCCGCUGCAUUCCUUCAGACGGAAACGAGGGUGAAACAAAACCAUUUGGUCAAGCGCGUCGCGCACGUCACGCGGCACCUGGCUUCUAUUGAAAAUGACUCGUAGCCUGAUGCUGUGUCGCUCGUAAAGGGGACUCGAGCAUAACUCCAGCCGAGGAAGUGAGAAAGGUCACACUAUUGUUUUCAUGUCCAAAUCAUAUUCCACUACCACAAACUUUACUGCCUUAUACUAUUUGAUAUGCAAAUAUAUGUAAACGUGUGUGUGUGUGUGUGUGUGUGAGGUGGCAUGAGUGUGUGUGUUAAUGCGAGUGCUGUGUGUACAAGUACUUGCACUUCUUUAGCUGGAGUAUUUUGCACAUGUGUACAAUAGUAGAGGGCAUGACUGUAUGCUACUUUCUUUUUUGUUUUACCACUUUCCUUUGGAGCAAUUCAUUGUAAUCUUUAGAAAAAGGAAUUCAUACGACGUUUGUUGUCAUUCAUGCUGCUGCUUGAACCAAUAAAUCCAUUUCCAUCCCCA